GGGGUGAAACUGCAAUCGCUAGCGACUGUAACUGUAGAAGAUGUGAGAGAAGUAGCAGGUGCGAAUCUGCAAGGAGAAGGUGAAGAGGCUGACGCUCCAGUGCGAGCUGACAACAUUCCUGGGCUGCGUCAGCCAGAGACAGGACUGUUAUGGAAGUCACCUGUUGCAAAAAUGUAUUGA